UAUCUCCUCCACGAGAAUUGCACUGGAAACCAUGAUCUUCAAAGAAAGCUUAUGCCGUGUUGUAUUGGCGUUGAAUGUGGUGGGAACGGUUGUUGGCCACUCCAACGACGAAGGUCCAGGUAGCACCGCCCCUGUGAGGCCAUUCCGUCUCGAUCAAGUCCAACUCGGCGAUGGCUUGUUUCAAGAGAAACGCGACCGUAUCAAGAGCUUCAUAGAAAGGUACGACGAGCGCAGGUUUCUUGUGCUUUUCAACAACGUAGCUGGCAGGCCAAACCCCGAAGGCGUUCUGCCGCCAGGCGGAUGGGAAGAGGGAGGGCUGCUCAGCGGACACUGGACUGGCCACUACAUGUCUGCUCUUUCACAGGCCUAUGCAGAAAGAAAAGAGAAAGCAUUUAAGACGAAGCUUGACUGGAUGGUGAAGGAGCUAGCAGCUUGCCAGGAAGCUUAUACUACCGAUAAAGCACCUACUCAUCCGGGAUAUCUAGGAGCACUUCCAGAGGACACUGUUUUGCGUGCAGGACCCCCGCGUUUCGCAGUUUACGGAAGUAACUUCACGACCAACACUUGGGCACCGUGGUAUACGCAGCACAAGAUUGUACGGGGGCUAUUGAACGCAUAUUACAACACCAACAAUACCCAAGCUUUGGAUGUAGCAGUCACCAUGGCAGAAUGGGCGUACCUCGCACUGACGAUUGGCGACAAAAAUCAUCCGGACUACAAGGGAAACUUGACACGGGACGACCUCAAUUACAUGUGGGAUACUUACAUCGCGGGCGAGUUCGGUGGUGCCAACGAAGUGUUUGCAGAAAUAUACGCCUUGACAGACGACGAGCGUCAUUUGAAGACAGCUCAAGCAUUCGACAAUCGGGAGUCUCUUUUCGGCGCCUCUGUUGCGAAUGAUGACAUCCUCGUCGUUGCGCCGGGUCAGCAACCAGGUCGAAAGCGCGCAGCACGUCUUCACGCCAAUACGCAUGUGCCGCAAUUUCUCGGUUAUAUGCGAGUUUUCGAACAGAGUGGUGACUCCGAAUACUUCACCUCCGCCAAAAACUUCUUCGAUUGGCUGGUUCCACAUCGCGAAUUCGCAAGUGGCGGCAUUGGAGGCAUUUUCCCAGGUUCCGAUACCAACCCUGAGUUGUUCCAAAACAGGGACAACAUUGCGAACGCGAUUGGAGGUGACGGCGCCGAAACCUGCACGACCUACAACACCCUCAAGCUCGCCCGCAAUCUCUUUCUUCAUGAGCACAAUGCGACGUACAUGGAUCAUUACGAGCGCGGUUUGUUGAACAUGAUCACUGGGUCUCGCGCCGAUACCGACAGUGUAGAAGAUCCGCAACUAACGUACUUUCAACCUCUCCGCCCUGGGUCUAACCGCGACUACGGAAACACCGGUACAUGCUGCGGCGGUUCGGGCAUGGAAAGUCAUACCAAGUACCAGGAGACAAUAUACUUUCGUUCAGCGGAUGAAUCAGCUCUUUGGGUGAACCUUUACGUACCUUCUACACUGGACUGGAGUGAGAAGAGUUUCGCGGUCAAUCAAGAAACAAAGUUUCCCCGGGGAGAUACUUCACGCUUGACAAUCACUGGAGAAGGACAACUGGAUGUGAAACUAAGAAUACCCGAGUGGGUUCGUAACGGCUUCACUGUGACUGUAAACGGCGAAGCGCAACCGACUCAAGAUGUGCAGCCUAGCACAUAUUUCUCCAUCGAUCGCGUGUGGAGCACAGGCGACGUAAUCGAGGUCGCAAUGCCGAAAAGCAUCUGGACGGAACGUGCACUUGACCGUCCGGACACGCAAUCUCUUCUUUGGGGGCCGAUUGUACUGCAGCUCGUCGGAACACCAAGUAAUGGUUCAAUCUGGGAGCUUUCUCUCUACAAAUACCUCAAGCUAGACGGGGAUUAUCAACGUGCUGCUCUCCGAAGAACCGGAAACACUACUACCGGCGAUCCGCUUUUUACAGUUGGUAAUACUACUCUAACCGCUAGGCCUUAUUACAUCAGCGACAACAGUCCUGUUUCUACAUACUUUCGUCGCGUAGAGCCUACCGUAGUAUUUGGGGGCACUGAUUCUGGUGUGCCGAAUCGAAAGCGUAACGACGGUUUGCCAAAAUAUGACGUUCCCGUUGCUGGCAUCACUUCUCCGGGAUCGGAUGGUCCUUCGUUCCUCGAUUUGGUGUGGGAUCAAGCGCCCUUUGCGACACAUACCGAUUUCGUGGACUCCGUUACAUCUGUGGCCGAUUCCUUUGUUUCUUCAGGAGUGUAUAGUGCUCAAGAGAAGGAUAUGAUUAUCGAUGCUGCUUUGGCGGCAGAGCAGAAUAUGAGUAUACACUCGCACACGAUGUCCGGUCACCAUACACGUCGCCCACCUGCGCUCGGCGAACCAGGAGAAUGGCCAGAAUGGCCCGCGCUACCCGCGCACAUGGAUCCGGGGCGUCUGAAUCCGGCGCGCAUGAACCCCACGCGCAUGAAUUCGACGCAGUCCACAUCCGCUUCUUCGUCCACGCUUUGGGGUGUCCCGGGUCAACACGCAGCACUUGCUCCGCAGCAGGCUUCGACCACAAGUUAUGCGGGAGCCGCCCGACUCAAUACUCAGCAUUCCUUUGUGGGAGGUAAUCAUCCCUUCGCGUCACAAUCAGGACCGCAAGAGCUACCGCGCCAGUCCUCAGCCGAAUCUCAAAGUUCCGACGAGAGCGAGGACGCAUGUCCGAUCUGUCUGAGCCGGGUGGAUGACACCAACCGCUAUCCAACUGCAUGUGGUCACAAGUUCCAUUUCACAUGUCUCUUAAAAUGGGUGGAUCGGCAACCUCGGAGAUCCUCAACAUGCCCUCUCUGUCGCGUCCGUCUUCAGUGUCCAAACGGAUACCAACCUGCUGCGUCCAUGUUGCGUCUCGUUCAACACGAUAUGGCAUCGCAUCCUAUUCGGCAUAUCGGCCUGCUUCAAUUGUCUCUUGCACGCGCUGAAGGUUUCAUACGCGGUAUGCCGUGGACGGUACGUCCAGCAGCACCGUCCAAUACUUCGGUUUCUGGAAACGCUUCCAACGCGCCACCUCGCACGGAUGCUCAUUUGGAUUAA